CUACCCUACCUCUCUCCUAGACCCAAUCACGAAAGAACAAACGAACGAAAGAAAGAAAGAAAGAAAGAAAGAAUCUAAAACAAUGAACUCCCCAACCCUAGAUCCAACAACACCACCACCCGAAAACCCCCUCCUCCGCACAUCCCACCCACUAGUUUCCGAUCUGGAACAAGAAGUGCUGGACGAAUACACCCGCCUACUGGGGAACGUGAAUACACUAUCCUGCAAACUUGCAGAUCUAGCGGCCUCCCCGUCCUCGAUGACGCUCGACGCACUCCGGCUGCUCGAGCGGAAAACUGCCACCGUGUGUACGUUGCUCAAGGCUAGUGUGUACAGUAUUGUUUUGCAGCAGCAGAUUUUCAAUGAGAGUGAGCAGGAGCAGCUGCUGCAACAGGAACAACAGCAGCAGCAAGAACAGGUGCUGAUGCAGCAGGGGGAGGAGAAUGAUGGGCGUGGGUUUGGGGGGUAUGAGUUUUGA